AUGUCAGAAUUUAAGUCAUUACCAAAAUAUUUCCAUGCGUUCCCCAGAUAUGGAUCCCCUCCAAUUGAUUCUCAAAUGGACGAUCCUUUGAAAUUGAAUAAUGUAUUUAAUAAUAACUGGAAACAAUUAUAUGAAUCGAUACCCAAAGAAGAUGAAUUUUAUUCAUAUAAAUUAUUAAUUAUUGGUAGACAUGGUCAAGGGUAUCAUAAUGCAGCAACUAUUCGGUAUGGUUGGAAUGAAUGGGAUAAAUAUUGGUCCAUGUUACAAGGUGAUGAAUUUUCUAAUUGGGUGGAUUCUAAAUUGACUCCAUUGGGGGAGAGACAAGUUCAAAUUAUUGGUGAGACCGUUUUGUUGCCAAUGAUAAAACAAUUAGGAUUUUUACCUCAUGUAUUUUUCAGUUCUCCACUGAGGAGAUGUUUAGAGACAUUCAUUGGAUCAUGGGGGGUUGUUUUUGGGAGUUACAUGGGGAACGAUACUAAUAAUGACGGUAGUACUAGAAAGCAUGUCAAUGUUGAGAUUUUAGAAAAUCUUCGAGAAACUUUAGGUAAAUAUACAUGUAAUGAAAGAGUUGAUCGGUCUGUGUUACUUAAAGAAUAUCAAAAUUUUGAGAUGGGGAACAAUAAUUCUAGCCUUUGUUUGAAAUUAGAUAAUGAUUAUCCUGAGGUGGAUAGACUUUGGGUAACAUACCCAAGAGAAUCAAGAUCUGAACUAGAUGAAAGAAUUCAUAAAGUAUUAAUUGAAUUAUUUUCCAAGAUAACAGAUGAACAACGACUCAUAUCAAUCACAUGUCAUGCUCAUGUUAUUAAUAGUAUAUUGCGUAAUUUAAAUCAUCCACCGAUAUUGAAUCUUGAGACAGGUAAAAUUGUUUGUACUGUUGUUCAAGUUAAAAAAAGGACAUCGCCACAGAAAAAUUUAUGA